UCUUUGUAAUGCAUGAUUGACGUGUUCUCUCUCCUACGUGGCGUUCCGCGAUUGGUCCACUUCAUUUCCUCGGGAUCAGUAGCCGGCUGCAGUGAAAGCACCAUCCCUCAUCAAUUGAGAAAGAAGAAAGAGAAAGAAGAAAACAAACACACACACACACACACUCUUUUUCUCUCUCUCUAGUCUCUACUUGAAUUUGUGUUUUCUCGCUCUAGAAAUUCUCAAUUCAGCGAUUCACCCAUCUAAUCCGCCUCUACAAUGCGUGAUCUUUCUGCCCACUCCGUUUUCUUGGGCUGAAUUCUUGAAAUUCCGGCGAGUUUUCCGAGCCGAGUUGGGCGGGGAAAGAAAAUCAAUGAUGCAUGCAACGGCGGUGGAGGCUAGCUCGGUGCAUGGGGUUGGUGGGUUCGCGCAGUUGCAGAGCUGUGGGGAGAGCAGCGAGGAGGAGCUCUCGGUGUUGCCACGUCACACCAAGGUGGUUGUCACGGGAAACAACCGUACGAAGUCGGUGCUUGUCGGGCUUCAGGGUGUGGUCAAGAAGGCUGUCGGGCUUGGAGGAUGGCAUUGGCUGGUAAUUUUGCUUCCAAAGUUUGAUUCUUUAGUACUUACAAAUGGCAUAGAGGUAAAGCUGCAAAGAAAUGCAUUGAGUGUGAUCGAAGCUCCUACUGGAAACGAGGAUGAUGAUGACCUUGAAUUUGAAAAUUUCCAGUGGAAUGGUUCAGAUAUGGCAUCCGAUGACACUCAAAAGUCCCAUAGAUCAAGGUAUCGCAUGCAUAAAUCAUCUGGGUCGUCUCACAAGACUCUGUGCCGCACUCUUUCAUGUGAUGAGCAGUCCAAAGGAUCUGUUUCGGCUCCUAGGAGAUCCACGAAAGUUGACCUGAGCAAACUCGAGAUGACUGCACUGUGGAGAUACUUGCAACACUUUAAUCUAGUGGAUGCCAUACCUAACCCUUCAAAAGAGCAACUAAUCGAUGUUGUCCAGAGGCAUUUUAUGUCACAGCAAUUGGACGAGCUGCAAGUGGUGGUGGGGUUUGUUCAGGCGGCGAAGAGGCUGAAGACGGUCUGCAAAUAAGUCGAGGAAGUUAUGAAUGGGCGAUCUUGUUCCUGACACUAACAGAAGUAUCUGCAGAAGUAUUAUAUAUAUAUUAUCCGUAUUAUAAUGUCAGUAUAUACUGAAUGCUGCUGUUUAUCCUUCCUGUUUUUGCUUUUCUAGGGUUUUGUAAGUUUAGGUUAUAGAGAGUUUCUCAGGUGUCUUGUAGGGGUAGAUAUAUUAUGUAGAUAACAUUUGACUGACUAGAAAUGUUGGAAGCCUUCUGGACUUAGCUUCCUAAGUUUGAUUGAACAUGUCACCCACCAGUUGGAUGUUGUGUGGGCUGUUCAAAUGUAUAUUCUGAUAUUCUGAUCAUCAUUCUAUCCUCCUUAAACUUUGCCUUCCUAAA